AUGGAGUCAGCAGCCGAAAAAAGUAAAAGGCAAAAGCGUCGGUUGAUUGCCACUCAAAUGCAAUGCCUAUUAGGCGAUUUUUCCCCUAUAGAGUGGGCUCCCGAGGAAGGAGAAGGACCUUCAAAUUCUUGCUGUUUUGUUUCUCCAAGAAAUUUGAUUGAUGAAUCUAAUAAUUCAAAUUUGAGGUGCCAUAAUUCCCAUCAUGUACCUGUUCCUAAUUCUGAAACGUGCCCUGAGCCUAAAUCCAGUUGUUCAUUUUCUGAAUCCAGUGAUCAUCAUCACUCGCAAGAGCCAAUGCCUUCUCUAGAAUCUGAGUCUGAGUCUGAAUACAUAUUUAGCACAGAUUCUAACUCAGAAACAGAAGAGAAUGACUCUUCUGAUAGUACUGAGCAAGGUAGUGAGCAGGGUAUUGAUGAAUCAGUACCUCAAUUUGUGGAAAAUACCAGCAGUAGUUUUUUGAGAGAAUGGGCUCUUAGAAAUAAUUUAACACAUAGUGAAUAUCUAAUUGUUGAUUUCCCUGAGGAAAGUAAAAAUGGGGAAAUUAGUAUGGCCCUAAUAUCCAGCACCUGGCUAUUUGAAGAACAUGGUAAUCUAUAUUGCCAUUGGCCCACAUACUUGAAGUCCACACUUUCAAGAGAGAGGGUUGUGAAAAACCACACCCCUCUAUUACACAAUAAAUGUGUCAAAUGUUUGGUGGUGAUAAAGCAUAAUACUGAUGACUAUGAUAAGGCUUGUUGUAAACUUAAAAAGUUGGAAGAAGAAUCUGAGUAUUCAUCAGCGACAGAUAUAGAUGAUGAAGCUCAAGAUAAAGCCACCAAUUUACCAAAGAAGACCUACAAAUCAAACAGACAUGCAGAUUUUACUUAUUCUGAAGGAAGUGAUGAUGAUAAUAUUCCUAUCGCUCCAAGAUUUCCCAAGGAAAAAAGCUUAAAGUUAUGUAUCAAUCGAGGUAUCAAUAAUAUUCCUCAAAAUUUUCUUAAAAGCUCAAAGACAUAUACCGAGUUAACCCCAUUAGUAAGGGUUAUAGAACCUGCAGUCAGAUUCCAAAAUAAUAAUUGGAGCAGUUCCAGUCAGGAUGAUCGACUUAGUCAGGAUCAUCGAUCUAGUCAGGAUCACCAAUUUAGUCAGGAUCAUCGAUCUAGUCAGGAUCACCGAUUUAGUCAAGAUCAUCAAUCUAGUCAGGAUCACCCAUUUGGUCAGGAUCACCCAUUUGGUCAGAAUCACCGAUCUGGUCAGAAUCCUCUCAUUAAACCAAAAGAAAUUAAUGAAAUGGGCAGUAAGUGCCAUUGCGAAAAAACUUCAAGUACGUUGAUAAUAAUUCACCUACAGGAUUUUCAAGCAUCACUUAGUUUACUGGGCGGCAGGGACCUAAACGAGACCACACGAAAAAUAUUAUCGCUUUUGUUAAGCCAUGAACUUUCAUUAAAUGUUAAUUGGAUAGGAGCCAAUGACAAGGGGAGCCUUCAGAAAACAGAAAAUGUGUUGAAACUUAUUUACGGAGCUGUACGAAAAAAUCAUACAACAGCAAAUGCCACAAACUCAGAAAUAGACAAUGCCAUCAAGAAUUGGAUAAAAAAUGCUCCUGAUAGAGCAGGAGGAAGGGCUAAUCGAAGAAAUAAAAAUAAAGUGGCAGUUAUUGAAUAGAUAUAACUUCAUGCUUCAUGUUCGAUCUUUUUGAGUAUUAUUAUUAUCAGGAAUUUAUGUUAUUUUGUAUUUUAAUGUAUACCCAUUUUCGUAUUCAGCAAUGGCGAAACAUUGUGUAUUUACUCCCAUAUCAAAAUUAAUUUAUAGAUUCUAACGAUGUAAACAAGGAUCCAGGGUUGGGACUUUGAAACGGAUAGAUAUCGUUAUCCCUAUCGCUAUGGCACUUGUUGUCUAUGUCUCUAUUCGUUACAGAGUCUCAGCCCCAGUGCUGAUAAGCGCGAGCAGCCAUAAAUGUUCCUGGUAUUUUCUAUUGUCGCCUUUUUUUGGUUUGGUCGGGAAGUCUCAAAUAAUGAUAUACAUGUUUUCUCUUUACUUUGGUUUGAUAAUUAUAAAACUAUUUUUUAUUUAGGCAAUAGUUAAUAUUUGCAUAUUGAUUUUUUUAGGUACAUCAUUGCAAUCUAUAAAUUACUUAGAAUAUAAUAGCAUUGAGUUGAGUAUAGUCAUAAUGAGCCUGUAUUAAGAAUAUUUUUUUAUUUUGUGAUAAUAAAAUUGUUAUAAUAAAAUAUAUACAUAUG